AUGGUUGCAGUUCAAUUGAAAAAUUUACCAAUGGAGUCAACAAUUGAAGCACAACAGUAUAUUCAAAAUUAUCUUUCUGGUUUGCGCUUGAAAUAUAUCCGCCGUCAGUCUCAAACAUCCAAUUUCAUUUAUGAAAUGGUAGAAAACAGAACACAACCACAUUUUAUGUCGUCUCCUCCAACUUCAACCAUUUCUAGAAAUUCUUAUUAUUCGAGCAACGAUGAUACAUACAAUGAAAAUGCCACAUUGAGUUAUGGAAAUCUUGAAAAUACAAAUACAACUGUUGUGACAAAUCAGUCAAAUUCUGAAAAUGCAUUUACUUCUGUUGUUGAUAGAAAUGAUGUGUUAACCCAAGCUUGGGAAUCUGCAUAA